GGUGAUCUGCCCAUCUUGGCCUCCCAAAGUGCUGGGAUUACAGGAGUGAGCCACCACACCCAACUCUAAGGGAAUGCAAUUGGGAGUCCAUUUUGUUCUUGGAGAAUUCAGGGUCUGGUAAAGGGACCCUAUGGCAAAUAUUAAGACCAUGGCAGGAAAGACGGAACGACAGAGCGGGAGCUGGGAAGGCGCAGCCCAGCCCUGGCAUGGACAGGGCAGGGGUCCAAGAGGCCUGCAGGACACUGCAGAGUAACUUGCAGACAGGGUGAGAAAGGGCAUGUGGGGGAGGGGCAGGCAGACAGCGCCUGAUGCAGGCAAUCCUGGGACCUGUGAGGCCCAGCUGUGAAGCCUCCCGCCGCGUUGGGGCACGGGGCUUCUGGGGACCAAAGUCUUGAAAAGGGGCCGGGAAGUUGGACAGGGAAAGCCCUUGGAGGUGGUCUGGUUACCUGGGUGAGCUAGGAGCCAGAGUCAUCACAUCACAGGCAUCAGGGCCAGCAUGGGCACCUAGAAGCCUGCAAACAGUGCCAGCCUCCAGGCACUGAGGUGGCCUUUAAUCUUGCACUCACUCUCUAGGAAAUGAUGGGGCAGUAUUCUGUGCUGAGAGAGGAAAAACACCCCCUUCCAAAAGCAUGACAGGCAGAAAGCAGAGAAGGGCCAGGACUGGCUGAGGGCGGGGAACUGGGCCUCUGGGGUGGACACACCCUUGGUCACAUUGCGAGGGUAGCUUAGUUGGCCAGUCCCACCACUGCAAUGACCACAGUUGUGUUGGGCUCACACCAGUGAACCAAGGCUCUGGAUUCUGAGAGUCUGAGGAUUCUGUGAAGAUCUCAGACUUGGGCUCACAGCAAGGAUGCGUGAAAUUGUCCAUAUUCAGAUUGGCCAGUGUGGCAACCAGAUCGGAGCCAAGUUCUGGGAGAUGAUUGGUGAGGAGCACGGGAUCGACUUGGCUGGGAGCGACCGCGGGGCCUCAGCCUUGCAGCUGGAGAGAAUCAGCGUGUACUACAAUGAAGCCUACGGUAGGAAAUAUGUGCCCCGAGCAGUCUUGGUGGACCUAGAACCUGGGACGAUGGACAGCAUUCGAUCUAGCAAAUUAGGAGCCCUCUUUCAACCUGACAGUUUUGUCCAUGGUAACUCUGGAGCUGGCAACAAUUGGGCCAAAGGCCAUUACACGGAGGGAGCCGAGCUGAUUGAGAACGUCCUGGAGGUAGUGAGGCACGAGAGUGAGAGCUGUGACUGCUUGCAGGGCUUCCAGAUCGUCCACUCCCUGGGCGGGGGCACAGGCUCCGGGAUGGGCACUCUGCUCAUGAACAAGAUGAGAGAGGAGUACCCGGACCGGAUCAUGAAUUCCUUCAGUGUCAUGCCUUCUCCCAAGGUGUCGGACACGGUGGUGGAGCCCUACAAUGCAGUUCUGUCUAUCCACCAGCUGAUUGAGAAUGCAGAUGCCUGUUUCUGCAUUGACAAUGAGGCCCUCUAUGACAUUUGCUUCCGUACCCUGAAGCUGACGACACCCACCUAUGGGGAUCUCAACCACCUGGUGUCCUUGACCAUGAGCGGCAUAACCACCUCCCUCCGGUUCCCGGGUCAGCUCAACGCAGACCUGCGCAAGCUGGCGGUGAACAUGGUCCCCUUCCCCCGCCUGCACUUCUUUAUACCUGGCUUUGCCCCACUCACAGCCCAGGGCAGCCAGCAGUACCGAGCCCUCUCCGUGGCCGAGCUCACCCAGCAGAUGUUUGACGCCCGCAAUACCAUGGCUGCCUGUGACCCCCGCCGUGGCCGCUACCUCACAGUGGCCUGCAUUUUCCGGGGCAAGAUGUCCACCAAGGAAGUGGACCAGCAACUGCUCUCCGUGCAGACCAGGAACAGCAGCUGUUUUGUGGAGUGGAUUCCCAACAAUGUCAAGGUGGCCGUCUGCGACAUCCCACCCCGGGGGCUGAGCAUGGCUGCCACCUUCAUUGGCAACAACACGGCCAUCCAAGAGAUCUUUAACAGGGUCUCUGAGCAUUUCUCAGCCAUGUUCAAGAGGAAAGCUUUUGUGCACUGGUAUACCAGCGAAGGGAUGGACAUCAACGAAUUUGGGGAAGCUGAAAGUAACAUCCAUGAUUUGGUAUCCGAGUACCAACAAUUUCAAGAUGCCAAAGCAGGUCUAGAGGAAGAUGAAGAGGUCAUGGAGGAGGCAGAAAUGAAGCCAGAAGAUAAGGGACAUUAACGGUGAGAGAAGCUGUGCCGUGGAGUCGCUUACAGAACAGUUUCACAUUAGACGAGUGUUUCUCCUGCAGCACUCCAAAACCUAUUCUGCACUGCAGCACAGUGAAUGAUACGCACUCAUCAUUAGCUUCGACACGGGGACUGCGGGAGACAGGUGGGGAACAGCUGACAGGCAUUAGGGUCUUUGCUGACAUUUACUAACCUUGAAGAGUUUGACAUUCAAUGCAUACUUAUUAGCUUAAAAAAAUAGCAAAUUUAUUGUAAAGUGCUCCCUUUGUUUCAAAGUGUUCACUGAGUAUUUUAUUACAUGCCCUGUGCCAGGCACCCAGACUACACAUGUGGAUUUGCAGGAAGCCACUGGAGUUGGUGUUAACAUUUUUAAACUUUAGCAGCACUGAUAAGCACCCUGGAAUCCUCACUUGGUAUCCGAGGGUUACUAAGACUCUUCCCUUAGGUUCUUUCCUUUGAGCAAACACUGCCUGCCGUCCUGCCUUCCUGUGCCUGCCAGCCUCCAGAAGAGCCAGGUGCCUGACUAGUACAUGGGGAGCUACAGAGCCAAGGUCAAUGUGAGUCAACAUCCACUAGAAAUAUCCAUGUUGUGUAGACCUGUGCACACACAUGCUAACUGGAAAAGAGGAAAAAAGAAAAGCCACAGUCCUCUCCACAAAAACACCUGGUCCAAACAUGAAAAACAAAAAGACAAGCAAAACUAAAGAACUGCAGUCCUCUGAUCUUUAUUUCUGAAGAGCUAGCCUUUAACAUAUACGUUUAUAUAGUUUAAAUUUCUUACUACUGUUAGAUCCCAGUAAUUCAUUAAUCAUCAUCCUUGGUUUUCCUUUUAGAGGCUAUUUUGAAAUGCUCUUUUCACUUUCAUUCAGCCAUCACCCCCCAAAAUGCUCUGCAGCCUCUCUGCUCUGAGAAACGGCACACCAUCCGCUCGGCAACAAUUCAAAUGCAGGAAUUAAGCAGCAAUGGCUGCAGUGUCCUUCUCAGUUACGGAGGACAUCGUCUCAUUAGAAAACUUUUACAGUUCAAAUUAAUUUGCAGAAGUUGCCAUAAAUGUCUGCAUAAUGACACAGCUUUAACCACUACAUGAUUUUAAUCUGCUCACAUUACAACAGGACCAAAUACACAAGAGCGUAAUCAAAUCAUCCGUAACUUCUUAAUUACAGUUUACCUAUUUCUGACAUGCAGCAUUGCCAUCUCUUCCAGUACCAUCAGGGUUUUAAUGGCCCUCUAGAAUUACCACUGAGAUGCACUAUUUGAUCCAUGGAUAACUGGUAAUGGGAAAAUGCUCCGACCCUCAAUGCAGUAAAUAUUUACUUGCCGGCAACUGGGUUCUCAUCUCUUGAUUUGCUUUUGUAAUUGGCAAUAAUAAAAUAGCAGGUGGAUGGAUGACAGUUGCUUAUUCUGAGAAACUUCACUCUUUUCACGUAUGCAUCAUGAGGAAAUACUAAAAUACAUACCAAGAGAAAAAAUACCUUGCCAUCGGAUCAUCAACAAGUCUUCUAUUUACAAACUUCAAAAAACACAACAAUCAUGUUUUAAAUGCUUUCUACUUGUGGUUCAAGAAGUACUAGAUUUAGUAAGAAACUCCACCUAUACACUUUGUUUGAAGUUAGUAACUUCCUGAGAUGCUAAAGACUUACAGCCUGCGAUUAUACAAGGAUUUACACAUGCUUCCUCUGGUGCUUUACUUCUAAAAUCUAAAAAGGCAAUGAAAUAGGUAUAAGGAGAGAGGGAUUUAAACCUUUUAAAAAACUUUUGCUGACUUAUAUUACUGUAAAGAUUUGUUUGCUCAAUAGUAAUCAUUAAAGUACAAAAUAAUUCAAUUUUAAA